AUGACCGCCGAGAAGCAAGAUUCAGGAGGUUCUAGAGAUGUUUUCGUUGAAGAUGAAGUCCACCAGAUUCAGUACAAGACCCUCAGCUGGCAGGCUGUCAGCCUUCUCAUGAUAGCAGAAAUCGUUAGCAAUGGUAUCCUGUCUCUCCCAAGCGCACUGGCAGUCGUUGGCAUUGUGCCUGCUGUCAUUCUAAUUGUGUUUCUCGGUAUCUUUGGCCUCUACACUGCGAAGUUGCUCAUCGACUUCAAGCUGAACCAUCCUAACGUGCAUACCAUGGGUGACGCUGGAUACAUUAUGUCCGGACCUGUGGCUCGGGAGGUGCUUGCCUUUGGAACUGUCGCUUUCGCUGUGUUUGGUUCUGGCUCUGAAUUACUUUCCAGCCAGCAGGCACUGUCAACACUUUCGAACCAGGGUAUGUGUAGCAUGUAUCUGGUUAUUAUCACUGGCGCCGCCGCCUUCUUGAUUUCACUACCGCGGACACUGGAUCGCUUGGCGUGGAUGGGCCUUGUUAGCGCAGCGGUUAUUACUCUGGCUGGUUUCAUUGCAAUGAUUGGGGCAGGGGCGAACCCAGUUCCUGGAAGGUCUCUGACAAUAACUGCAUCCAGUAACUUUUUCGAUGCUUUCUUGGCUGUCACAAAUCCUGUGGGUACCUUCUUAUGUCUUUGGCUGACAUCUGAUAGGUUCUUUAUUCUAAUAUCUGAGAUGCGUAGACCCCAGGAUGCUAUGAAGGCAGCCUGGUGCCUGCAGGUUUUUGCCACAGUAUUUUAUGCUGUUUUCAGCAUUGUCAUGUAUGUCUACAUUGGGAACACGGUGCAGUCUCCGGCCCUCUUUUCUCUUCCUCCGGCAUGGGCAAAGGCGACAUUUGGCAUUGCUCUCGCAAAUUUCUUGUUCUCUGCCGGACUAUACACUCAUACAGCUGCAAAGUUGGUGUUUAUCCGCAUAUUUCGCCAUUCGGAGCAUGUCUAUUCGCAUACGUUACUCGGAUGGACGGUCUGGACCCUCCUGUGUUUCACAGGUGUAGCUGUCGCCGCGAUUCUCGCCAUCGCAGUUCCGAUAUUCUCAUACCUAAUCGGCAUUGCGGCAGCCCUCUUUGCCGCAUGGUACACGUACGGGCUGGCCGGAUUUUUCUGGUUGUAUGACGUAUACCAUCUUAAAGGUGGCGUAGACGGGAUGAGACGACGACCAAUCGGGACUACAAUAGCAGUGCUGACUAUCAUUGCUGGCGCUUUCAUCUGUGUUGCUGGGACUUAUGUGUCGAUAAAGCUCAUCGUCGGAGCAUAUGCCAAUGGACAAGUUGGUAGACCCUUCGUUUGCUAG